GGUGAACCUGGUAGACCAGGACAAUCUGGUGAGCCUGGAUUUCCAGGAUCUCCAGGGCCUCGAGGCUUUCCUGGUGCGCCUGGUCUCCCAGGUCUCAAGGGUCACAGGGGAUUGAAAGGACUUGAUGGUCCAAAAGGUGAAAUUGGAGCAGCUGGAGCAAAGGGAGAAUCUGGACCAACAGGUGCCAUGGGGGCAACGGGUCCUCUGGGACCUAGAGGAAUGCCAGGCGAGAGAGGUCGAAUUGGACCCCAGGGUGCCCCUGGUGGACGUGGCCAGCACGGUAUGCCUGGGAAGCCAGGACCCAUGGGCCCACUUGGCAUAACUGGUUCUCCAGGUUUUCCAGGUGUUCCCGGUGUAAAGGGGGAAGCAGGUCCCACGGGUCCUCGUGGUCCUGAAGGUCCUCAAGGGCAAAGAGGUGAAACAGGUCCCCAGGGCCCAGCUGGGUCACAAGGUCUUCCCGGUGCUGAAGGAACAGAUGGUUCUCCAGGUGCUAAGGGCCCUACCGGAUCUGCGGGCACUGGGGGCCCCCAUGGUUUGCCAGGUCCACCCGGUUCCCCAGGACCACAAGGCAGUACUGGGCCCCCUGGGAUUCGAGGCCAGCCGGGAGAUCCCGGUGUCCCAGGUUUCAAGGGAGAAGCAGGACCUAAAGGUGAACCUGUAAGUCUCCGUAUGCCCUGUGAUUGUAAGAAGCACUGUACAGCCAAACUGGAGAAUGACAGUUUAUUCAUAGGUGCUCCUGGUAACCGUGGUUUUCCGGGUUCGGAUGGCUUGCCUGGACCAAAGGGCGCCCAAGGAGAGCGUGGUCCAGCAGGUUCUUCUGGUCCUAAAGGAGGUCAAGGAGAUCCUGGGCGUCCCGGUGAACCUGGCCUCCCGGGUGCAAGGGGUUUGACAGGAAAUCCAGGUGUUCAAGGGCCUGAAGGAAAACUAGGCCCCUUGGGUGCUCCUGGAGAAGAUGGACGUCCAGGUCCAGCAGGUUCCAUAGGAAUCAGAGGCCAGCCAGGCAGCAUGGGCCUUCCUGGCCCAAAGGGCAGUAGUGGUGAUCCUGGAAAACCUGGAGAAGCAGGCAAUGCAGGUGUCCCGGGACAGAGAGGAGCCCCUGGUAAAGAUGGAGAAGUCGGUCCUUCUGGGCCCGUGGGCCCACCAGGUCUGGCUGGAGAAAGAGGAGAACAAGGUCCCCCAGGCCCUACAGGUUUUCAGGGCUUGCCUGGGCCACCAGGCCCUCCAGGUGAGGGAGGAAAGCCAGGUGACCAGGGUGUGCCUGGAGAUCCUGGAGCUGUUGGUCCGUUGGGCCCUAGGGGAGAACGUGGCAAUCCGGGGGAAAGGGGAGAACCAGGUGCGUCAGGACUCCCAGGUGAAAAGGGUAUGGCUGGAGGUCACGGUCCUGAUGGCCCAAAGGGAAGCCCAGGACCAAGUGGGACGCCUGGAGAUCCAGGACCGCCGGGUCUUCAAGGUAUGCCUGGAGAGAGAGGGAUUGCUGGAACCCCAGGCCCCAAGGGUGAUAGGGGCGGCAUAGGUGAGAAAGGCGCUGAAGGUACAGCUGGUAACGACGGGGCAAGAGGUCUUCCUGGUCCAAUAGGCCCAAUGGGUCCAGCAGGUCCCACCGGUGAAAAGGGUGAACCAGGUCCUCGAGGUCUAGUUGGUCCUCCCGGCUCCCGUGGAAACCCUGGUUCCCGAGGAGAAAAUGGCCCAACUGGCGCUGUUGGUUUUGCUGGACCUCCGGGCCCUGAUGGUCAGCCAGGUGUGAAAGGUGAACCUGGAGAACCUGGACAGAAAGGAGAUGCUGGGUCUCCAGGACCACAGGGUCUUGCUGGGUCUCCUGGUCCACCAGGCCCUUCAGGUGUCCCUGGUCUGAAAGGUGGUCGAGGAACUCAGGGUCCACCUGGUGCUACUGGGUUCCCAGGAUCUGCUGGAAGAGUUGGGCCUCCAGGACCUACUGGAGCUCCGGGGCCUGCUGGACCAAUUGGUGAGCCAGGAAAAGAAGGUCCCCCAGGUCUUCGUGGAGAUCCUGGCUCUCACGGCCGUGUGGGAGACCGCGGGCCAGCUGGACCUCCUGGUGGUCCUGGAGACAAGGGUGAUGCCGGAGAAGACGGGCAGCCAGGCCCAGAUGGUCCUCCCGGUCCUGCAGGAACAACUGGUCAAAGAGGGAUUGUUGGCAUGCCAGGACAGCGAGGGGAAAGGGGCAUGCCAGGGCUGCCGGGCCCCGCGGGUACACCAGGAAAACAGGGUCCCACGGGACCACCUGGGGAUAAAGGUCCACCAGGACCUAUUGGCCAGUCAGGUGCCACUGGACCUGUAGGUGAAGCUGGUCCAGAAGGACCUGCUGGUAACGAUGGUACCCCCGGACGAGACGGAGCUGUUGGAGAACGUGGUGAUCGUGGAGAACCUGGCCCUGCAGGCUUACCAGGUUCCCCAGGAGGUCCAGGAGCUCCAGGACCUGUUGGCCCUCCAGGAGAUGCAGGGCAAAGAGGUGAAACAGGUUCUCGAGGUCCCAUGGGUCCCCCAGGUCGUGCAGGAAAAAGAGGUUUGCUUGGUCCCCAAGGACCUCGUGGUGACAAAGGUGACAAUGGAGAUCGAGGCGAUAGGGGCCAGAAAGGCCACAGGGGUUUCACUGGGCUUCAAGGUCUUCCUGGUCCUCCUGGUCCUAUUGGUGAGCAGGGCAGUCCUGGCAUUCCAGGCCCUUUUGGGCCUCGGGGUCCUCCAGGCCCCAUUGGUCCUUCUGGCAAAGAUGGGAGUCCUGGUCCUCUUGGGCCGAUUGGACCUCCUGGUGUUAGAGGGAGUGUAGGAGAAGCUGGACCUGAGGGUCCACCGGGUGAUCCUGGCCCCCCUGGCCCUCCAGGGCCUCCAGGCCAUCUCACUGCUGCCCUUGGUGACAUCAUGGGACACUAUGAUGAUGCUAUGGCAGAUCCGCUUCCAGAGUUUACUGAAGAUGAAGCAGCCCCAGAUGACCAUAAUAAAACAGACCCAGGGGUCCACGCCACACUGAAGUCACUGAGCAGCCAGAUUGAGACUAUGCGCAGCCCAGAUGGCUCAAAGAAACACCCAGCACGAACGUGUGAUGACCUGAAGUUUAAGAGCGGUGAAUAUUGGAUUGAUCCUAACCAGGGAUGUGUUGAGGAUGCUAUAAAAGUGUAUUGCAACAUGGAAACUGGAGAGACCUGUAUUUCUGCAAACCCGUCUACUAUACCCCGUAAAACCUGGUGGGCCAGCAAGUCUGCUGAUGUAAAGCCCGUUUGGUAUGGCCUCGAUAUGAACAGGGGAUCACAGUUUGUGUAUGGGGACACAGCUGUCACUCAGAUGACAUUCCUGCGCCUGCUAUCGAAGGAAGCUUCCCAGAAUAUCACUUACCUUUGUAAAAACAGCGUCGGGUACAUGGAUGACCAGACGAAGAACCUGAAAAAAGCUGUGAUUCUGAAAGGGGCCAACGACCUGGAGAUCAAAGCAGAAGGAAACAGCCGAUUCAGAUACACCGUUCUUCACGACAGCUGUUCUAAACGCAAUGGGAACAUGGGCAAGACUGUUUUUGAGUACAGAACCCAGAACGUGGCACGCUUACCCAUCAUAGACAUUGCACCGGUGGACGUUGGCGGUACCGACCAGGAGUUUGGAGUUGAAAUCGGGCCAGUUUGCUUUGUGUAAGGGAAGGGGGGAAGUUAACACACCACCUGGCAACAGCAGCAAUUCAACACGUGGACUUAGACUGGUUG